AUGGCAGAGCAUUCACAUUCCCGGUCACCGCCGAACAACAAUUUAUUAGGCAUAGGAGGAUUCUGUAAAGCAUACAAAUCGGUUUUCUCGAGACGGCAUCAUGAGAAAAAUUCAUCUCGUCGGAAAGUUGAUAAAGAAAACAGGUUCAAAUCCAUGGAUCAUAUUGCUUUCAUUGACGAAACUAACAAGAUGCUUAACGAAGAAAAAAUCAUUAAUGGUGAGCAUGAUUUCAGAUUUAAUGGCGAUGGUUUUAUGUCACCUAGAAUUUUCAUCAAACACCGAAGUGUUGAUAAUUUUUUUUCCGACACCCCUUCUCCUCUCAGCAAGAGCCCUUCUCCUAGGGAAAGCCCUGGUACUCUCUCAAGAAGUGCAAGCAGGAGGAGUACAACCCCGACCCCGACCCCGACGCCUUCUGCUUCAGCCACUCCUCGAGAAAGCCCUUCUCUCUCGAGAAACGCGAGCAAAAGGAGUCCGACCCCGACUCCUAGAGCUACAACCACUCCUCGAGGGAGCCCUUCUUUCUUGAGGAGCGCGAGCAAAAGGAGCCCGACCCCAACGCCAAGAGCUACGACGACUCCUCGAGAGAGCCCUUCUUUCUCGAGGAGCACAAGCAAAACGAGCCUGACCCCGACACCUAGAGCUACAACUACUCCUCGAGAGAGCCCUUCUUUCUCGAGGAGCGCGAGCAAAAGGAGCCCAACCCCGACACCUAACGCUACAACCACCGCUCUCUUGAAGAACAUGAGCUGGAUAUGCAUGGAUGUGCAUUCACCCGUGGCAUCGCUGUCAAGAAGUGCAAGCAGGAUGAGCCCCCCAACACCUAUUAUGUUCUCCAACUCUAAUGGCUACAUGAAAGCCCCCGCAGUCGAGGAGAAGCUUGAGUGCACACUUGAGGAGUUGUGCUUUGGGUGCAUCAAGAAGAUCAUGAUCACAAGAGACGUAGUCACAAAUCAUGGGGAAAUAAUACAAGAAGAUGAAAUGCUAACGAUAAAUGUGAAACCGGGAUGGAGGAAAGGAACGGAGAUUAAAUUCGAAGGCAUGGGAAAUGAGACACCGAACACUCUCCCAGCCGAUAUAACCUUUUUGAUUUCAGAGAAACGGCAUCCAUUGUUCAGGAGAGAAGGCAACGAUUUGGAAUUGAUAGUAGAAAUGCCUUUGGUAAAAGCCCUCACAGGCUGCACCCUCUCGGUGCCUCUACUAGGUGGAGAGAAGAUGAGUUUAGGGAUUACAGAUAUUAUAUACCCCGGAUACGAAAAGAUUAUUGCAGGACAAGGCAUGCCGAAGCCAAAAGAGCAAGGAAGAAGAGGGAACUUGAUAAUGAAAUUCAUAAUCGAGUUUCCAACAGAUUUGACAGAAGAACAACGAUCCGAGCUUUUUAGUAUUUUGCAGGAUGCUUGUUGA